GAUGAUGACACAGAUGAACAGCUAACGACUCCUGAUGAUGACACAGAUGAACAGCUUAUAGCUCCUGAUGAUGACACAGAUGAACAGCUUAUAGCUCCUGAUGAUGACACAGAUGAACAGCUUAUAGCUCCUGAUGAUGAGACAGAUGAACAGCUUAUAGCUCCUGAUGAUGAGACAGAUGAACAGCUUAUAGCUCCUGAUGAUGAAACAGAUGAACAUGGACAACCUGAACAGUCUGACCAUCUUGAAGACUCGGACAAGACGGAGAACGUUGAUCGCAGGGAUCUGGUCAAAGAUGACCGAAGCCAGCGCGAGAAUGACGACAACAAA